AUGGGACAAAAGAAAAAGAACCUUCGAAACCCUAGAUCGGAGACAGCCGAUGAUAAAUAUGAUAUGCGUGGUAGCAGAAUAAAAGCCAUUAAGACAUGGGCUGAUGUCGAACACGACUCAGAAGACGAAUUCAUGGAAAACAGAGACAUUAUUUCACUUGAUCCAGACGAAAGAAAUAAUCAGCGUGUAGAAGAUUAUGAUAAAGAAACAUGGGGAAAGUCAAAACACGCCUAUUACGAUGCUGAUGAACUCUCAGAUUUUGACGAUGCAAAGGAGGAAGAAGAAGAGGCAUUAAGAUUGCAAAAGAAGAGAAUUAGCAAGAUGACUGAGGAAGAUUUCGUAGAGAAAGAGUUUUUCGCUGGAUGGUCUACUGGGGCCGCGUUGGACAAGGACGAUGAAAACGACAGGCAGCUAAUCGAAAGUGUCAAUCAAGAUCUUAAAUCUAUUUCUUCAGUAAACGAUCUUCAAGAAGAAAUAUUAGUUCUGGAAAGAAAUAAUGCUUCCCCCGAUGAGAUCUUCAAAGUCAUAAAAAACAAUUCACCAGAAUUAUUAGAGCUGGCAAAUGAAUUUCGCGAAAAGUAUACAGCUACUAAAGAAAUUUCUUCUAUUUUGGAAAAAGCUAAAGAGAGGAACCAGAAGAAAGAGGACGACCAUGUUCACAAUUUCCUGUCCUUGAAAUAUCAAACAUUGAUCAAUUAUCUGAUGAAUAUAUCUUUUUAUUUCGUUUUGAAAUCGUCAGCGACGCCUCGAUUGUGGCAGCAUCCUGUAUUUAAUGCUCUGUUAGAAAUACGCAAAGAUCUGGAUAAACUUGGAGAAGUCGAAAAAAAGAUGCAAGAACCGAUUAAACGAUAUAUAAAGAAAGUUGAGGAUGAACAUGAGACUGUUAGCAAUGACUCAGUACCUAAGCGAUCAGUCAUUAUCAAUGCUCUUGAUUCAACAGAGGCACUUUCUCUCAAAUCCGCGUUGAAAAGCAGCGCCUCCAAAAAAUCAGCAGCCCCAAAAAAAGUAGUCAUCAUUAGUCCAAUACAUUCACAGGGUGAAGAGGAGGAUGAUGAUGAUUUUCACAAUAAUAAUAAUAAUAUAGGACUAUCACCUUUGCCUACCUCUAAAACUUCUCUGUUGCUAUUAGAGGACGAAUUUGUUAGCUUACAAGAUAACAAAAAAAAGAAGCGAAAAAGAAUGUCCUCGGAUCUUGGCGAUUUGGAUGUUAUGGACGAAAUAGAUGCCGAAGAAAAGGCACAAAAGAAAAGUUCGUUGCGACAGUAUGCUGCAAAAAUUGAUCAGAACGCUUCUAAGCGUCUGAAGUCGAACCGGUACACGGGUGAUACCGAUAUUCCAUAUAAAGGCCUAUAUAGAAAUAGCAAUAUGCAAACAACAAGAAAGAAACCCAAUCCGGAAGCCGAGUUAGAUGACCUUGACUGGGACGAAGCUGAUAAAAAAGACUCGCUUGAGUUUGGUUCUCAAGACUCCAACGAUUAUUAUGAAACAAUAAAAAAGGCCACAGAAUCGAAAAAGCUUGAAAAACGAAAACAAUACGAUGCUCAAAAGGAACAGAAAAGAAACAAUGCAUCCGAGGAUUCCAAUAAUUUGCCAGAGGGUGCCAAGCGACAAAUCAACUACCAAAUUCUCAAGAAUAAAGGAUUAACGCCACAUCGUAAUAAGGAUCAACGAAAUCCACGAGUCAAACAUCGUAAGAAAUAUGAAAAGGCCAAAAAGAAAAUCAAGAGUGUUAAACAAGUCGUGACGUCACAGGGAGGCGCGUAUGGUGGUGAAAAGACUGGCAUAAAAAUAGGGUUGUCACGAAGUAUAAAACUAUCUUGA